UCGAAUGCGAGCCAGUUCGCUCGCGACGCCGACGCCGACGCCGCCGCCGGAACGACCGCGGCGGCCGGUCGAGCGGCCGCCCCGGCCAGCGGCCGUAUCGAGCCUGCCCGUCGCGAAGGCGAUCGACUCCUGACACCCAUCGAGCGGAUGGGCGCGUUCCCGCCGCGACCCGGUACUCUCGAACGACUUUUGAGGGCAAAAGGCGCCUGUUUUCGGCCUCUGAAGAGCAACCGUCGAGGCGUCGAUGCUCGCCUCCACGACCGCGCCAGACCUCCGCGAUUGGGGCGCCUUGUCGACGGGAUCAAUUGUUAUUCCGAACACAUUUUUCUGGCAUUUUACUCGCACGUCGGCGACUCUUAGUCGCUUCUCCGUGCUACGAGGCCUCUGUUUUGUGUCCGCGAGGACUAGAUCGAAACUAACAUUUCGGCACAUUUCAGU